GUAAGUGUCGUUACAACUUGCAAACACAUAAGCAUAUACAGUAUUAAAAGUUUGCAAGUAAAAUUACUAAAAAAAUAUAAAUUUGAAUGCAUUUCUCUCUUUUUUUUUUGAAUUUAAAGUAAAAUUAUAUUCAACAAAAAAACUUUUUUACAACGUAUACAUCUGUUUUUGAAUUACGUUUUUGAAAGAAUGUUGAAGUGAGAAACACUUGAUGACUACCUCACGGAAUGAGGCUGAGGCGUGGGCGUUUAACGGAGCACCUAUCGUAUUUACUCCACCCUCAAGUUCAUGUGGAGGUUCUCCGGCAGCAGUAAUGGCUUCCGAGUGGAUGCCACGCCGACCAUGCAGACGUACUCGUCCUCCCGGAACUAACAUCCCUGUUUCUCAAUCUCCUUAAUACUCACCUGAACUUCGAGUUUGUGUCAGGAUUUUCAAGUUAUAUCCUUAAUAAACUGGCUGUGUUGUUUUCUUUUAGUUUCUUGUAGUAAGAAAGGGAUAAUUAAAUCAGUCGUUACAACAUUAUCUAGUAUGUGUUGUCAUGUUUUAGACUUUCAAAAACGAUUAGUGACAAAUUCUAAUUGUCAACAGAAGGCUUUCAUCGGGUGGCAUAAAAGAAAAUGUGUUAGAACAAGGCUGAAGGGGACUUAGAUUUUUGGGCUAUGAUGCGUUUAAUAAAGCUUUACUAGCAAGAACAAACAAACAAUAUUAACUACUAAUAAAAACUGGAUUUGAAGCUAACGGAAAUCCUAUAAUUUCACUUUUUAUUCCAAAGUUUGUUUACAUAAAUAAGUUGGAGUUUU